CAGCCGUCCAUCAAUCACAAAGCAAAAGCGCCCCCCGAUUCUCCUAUCUUGUCCUGCCCUGUCCCCUCCUCGUCUUCGUUCUGCUCCUUCCACUUCCGCCCCAAGUCCCAGCAAUCCCCGCCCGUCCAUGGCGGCAACGGCUCUGCUCCUCCCCAGCCUCGCGGCGCCCACGGGCAGGCAGCGCCGCCACCACCGGUUGCCGCCGCCGCAGCUCCAGCUCCAGCGCGGCUCCCUCGCCUCCCGGGCCCUCCGGCCGCCGCUGCCGCGCCGGCGGCUCGCCGUCUGCGCCGUGCAGGAGACGAAGGAGGGGGAGGCCAAGACGGCCGAGGAGAUCACCGAGAAGUACGGCCUCGAGUUCGGCCUCUGGAAAGUGUUUAGCUCCAAGGAGGAGGGGGAGGAGGGGGGCGAGGGGAAGAAGUCGCGGACGGACCAGGCGAAGGAGCUCCUGGCCAAGUACGGCGGCGCGUACCUGGCCACCUCCAUCUCGCUCUCGCUCGUCUCCUUCACCCUCUGCUACCUCCUCAUCAGCGCCGGCGUCGACGUGCAGGACCUGCUCGCCAAGGUUGGCAUCGCGACGGGCGAGACCGGAGGGAAGGUCGGGACAUUCGCGCUGGCCUACGCCGCGCACAAGGCCGCGUCGCCGAUCAGGUUUCCGCCCACGGUGGCGCUGACGCCGGUGGUGGCCAGCUGGAUUGGCAAGAUCAGGAAGGGAGGCGACUGAUGCGCCGGGCCGCCGGUGAAGUACAGGCACUUCGAUGUGCGCCCGUUUUGUUCUUACUACUGAAUCAUGUAGUCUAUAUAUAUAUAGAGUAGGGGAUGCCACUGAAACUAGUGCUGCUUGUGUUUUGUAAAACUCGUUAAAAAUAGCAAUGUAUCCUGAAUUUCAACUUGCA